GGGAGGUGUUCGUUUGUUUGUGUUGACAAUAGUUGUAGUGAAGUUUAUAUUUCCAUUACUGCAUUUAAUUCGAGUAUUUUUUUAUAUAUAAAAAGCAAACAGAUUGCAUAGCGAAAGAAAUGCGCAACUUCUCGAAGCAACAGUCACAAGACACUGCCGACACGAGCAUCGAAAAAGGCGACUACCCACGCGCUUCAAAUGGCGUGGUAAUCGGUGGUGUGGUCACUUUUGUGGCCUACUUUUUCCUCAUGAUGGCCUUCUGCUCGCCCUACUGGAUUGAGUCGUACGAAGAGACACAUAGCAGCUUCAAAAAUAUGGGCUUGUGGGAAUAUUGUUUUAAGAAUUUCGUAUAUCCGUAUUAUCAAUUUCCGCGUCAAUUCAAUGGUUGUCACAAUAUUUUCAGCCACGAAUAUUAUGUUAUAAGAGAAUACUUGUUGCCGGGUUGGCUGAUGGCUGUACAGGCAUUCGUAACUUUGGCUUUCCUCUUGACAUUCGCCGCUUUGGUACUUCUAGCGCUGGUUGUUAUACGCCUACCAUUGAAGGGUGUGCUACAGUAUGAGUGGCUAUUGAUACGUAUAUCAUAUUUGUGUACUGCAAGCUCUUCAAUAUUCCUGUUUCUCGCAGUAUGCAUUUUCGGUGGCUGUGCCUACCGUCGCGAUUGGCUUAUGUAUCCCAAAUUCAAUGUACUCGGCUGGUCAUAUGCUGUAGCUGUUGUCUCUUUUAUCACGCUUGGCGUCGGUUCUUUAAUUUUACAUCGCGAAGCACGUCAUGCGUACGAUUUGCGUGGCGAACAGAAAAAUUUGGUUAUGCAAAUGGAAAUGCAAGAGCCUGGCUAUCAACCACCUAGGCAUCAUCACAGCACUUCGCGCAGUCUACACGGGUACAUAUAAGAAGAAGCGAAACGCAACAUUUUCCAUUCAAUAUUUUGUCUAUUGCGAAACAAUUUUAAUUAUGUGAGACAAAAGCAUUCCGUUGCAUAUUGUCAAAUUUUUCGAAUGUUGCAAUUUUCCAUUGUAACAGUUUUCGUUUAGUUUUAAGCGUGUGUGUUCACAAAUUGUAAAUGUUAAUUUCUUGCAAUUUUUCUAACGAUUUAUGUAGAAUCUCUUAUAAGUGCACUGCGCAAACCGCCGUCCGGUAGCAACUGUGUUACUUAAAUUUCGAGUCGGUAAAUUUUCAAUUAACUGCAUUACCGACAUUUUAAGCAAAGAAGUGCCUUAGAUUCAUAGUUGAAUUCAUCCACAUUUAGCUAAUUACUUGAAAACAACUUUUAUACAUACACAUACAUAUGUAUAAUAUAUUUUAUCUUCGUACCUUGAAUAUUUACAAAGACAUCAAUAUAAUGACAAACCGUCCAAAAUUUUAUAUAAAGUACAUACAUACAUCCAUAUGAAACACACUUUAUACGUUAAAAUAUAAAUUUAUUUUAGUAUGUAGUUCAAUGUUCAAUGCACCAAUGAUGCAACACUCUUGUAUGCUCGAAUAUAACGUUUUUUUUUAUAAUAAAGUCACAUUUUA